CGAUUCGUAGAACAGAAACGUCAUUUCAAUUUCAGUUGUUAUGCCUUAAUGGAGUUAAAUUGAUACGGCUGCAUAAAAAUGUUUAUUUUAGAGUUGAGGUAGUAUACUUGCAUCAAAGCAUUGAACUAGGUCCACCGAAAUCCAAAAUGUGAAUUUCGAAAACGCUCUUUGUUGGAAAAAUGUUAUCUGCUUAGGAUUCAUAUGCAAUUGAUAGCUACUAUGGGGUGUGUGAGCAGCAAACAAGAUAUUAAUGAUCUACACCCCAACCUAUUCCAAGUAAGUAACGUAAAUGAUGACAGAGAGCUUGUAAGUCCUGGACAAUUAGAAAUAACCGAAACUGAACUGAUAUUACAUCAAAAAGGAAAAACACCUCUGGUAUGGCCUCUCCGCACAUUGAGAAAGUAUGGUUUAGAUCAAGAAAUAUUCACAUUUGAGUGUGGAAGACGAUGUCCAACAGGUGAAGGAAUUUAUGCAUUUCAAUGCAAAAGAGCUGAACAGCUAUUUAAUAUUGUACACCAAAAUGUGUCUAGGAAUGUUGGAGAUGAUUCGAACACAAAUGGCGAUUUCUUGAGCGGUAUUGGACCACCGUUAACUCGCCGAAUGCCGUCCCAAAUUCAACCCGAAGGUUAUUUGACUCCAUUAUCUGCACCAAAUGUACAUACACUCCGGACUUAUCCUGCUGUACGGCCUGGUUCAGUCACAAUAUCUGGACCUAUAAGUCCCCCUGCUGUUUCACCUCCACCUAAUGUAGAAAUUUCUCUAGAGCAUAAUAAUAAUAAACGUGGGAGCCUAAUUUCCAAUAGUUCUUUUACGUAUACUAAUACAAGUGCUCUUGAAAAUCAUGAAACACAACCAAAUUACGCAAACUUAGGAAUGGAUCCUGCUUUAAGUAACACUGAACCUUAUGUGAAUAUGAAUGAAUCUGUAUGCCAUGUGUAUAUGAAUAUAGAUACCAAAGAAGUGUUACCUAUCCCAACCAAAGAAAAUCCAGACCCACAGUUGAAAUUGGAAAGUCGUGAAGAUGAGAAUAAACAUUGCUAUGCCAAUAUAGAUGCCAAAGAUAUGGAGCAGUUGCGAACUUUCAGAUCUAGUCUCAACCAUGUACCAAAUACGUUACCUCAACCUUCAAAUAUUUAUUUAAAUACAAGAAAAGUCAACUAUGCCAAACUUGAUUUUGACACUAAAGAUGAGACAAUUGUACCUCAGAUUCCCCCAGAGAGUCCUACAAGGACGAAAGAUAGUUAUGCUGUAAUAGAUUUUUAUAGAACAAACGCACUGUCGCAAUCUGUGAAUCCCACAAUGGAUGUUGAAGAAGGAGUAAGAAAAACGAGACACAACUCUUCGAUCAGUGACGUCAUUACACGAACUAGCAGCUCCUUGAGUGACUGAAUACAUCGAAAGUGUAAGGUUCGUGAUUUUCUGAUAAGUUGAACUUAUUUAAUUUGGUGACUCAUUUUCAAUAUUUGUUUCAUGUUGAAAAAUUCAUUGAGUUCUCUUCCACAUUUUCCAAAAUUCGACAAUUUUCUGAAUAAAUCAGAAGACUACUGACCUGCCCUAAUGAUUGUUACAUUGCAGUUG